CACAAUGGCCAGAAUUGACUAAUGUUUCUGCUGGAUUUCACCCUAACAAGCCAGGUCAUCCUUCACUGCAAGUGAGUGCUGGGUUGCCUUCUCAUUGGACGCAAAGUGGUCCCCAGAGUGGAAGCCCUGCUGUAGCCCCACUUGGGCUGCAUCUUCAAAAUCCUUCAGAUGCUCAAGACCAGCAAAUAAUGCAGAGGCCAGUAAAGAAACUGAUUUGGCGUUAUCCAGCAGCACCACAAAUCCCAACCCCACCAGCACCAGUGAACUUCAUGAGACGGUCUAAUGCUGUUCCUACCCAGAGUGUAACAGCAAGGUGCAAUGAGACUGCAGUGUAUGUAGAGGUGAGAAAAGACCUGUUUGGUACUAGUGCACCCCUCAAUAUUGCUGCUCUCACACUGGGAGGCUGUGCUGCCAAAGGGGUGGAUGUUUCUUCUCAAGUCCUUGUCUAUGAAUCACCAUUGCAUGGCUGCAACAGCAAGUUGACUGUGACUGCAAGUGAGCUAGUCUACAUCUUCACCCUUGGUAUUGCUUCAGUGCCCUUAAAUAGUGCUCCCAUUUUAAGAAGUCCUGGUGCUAUGGUUUUCAUUGAGUGUCACUAUCCGAGCUUCCACAAUGUGAGUAGCAGUGCUCUCCUGCCUGCUUGGAUUCCAUAUGCUUCUGCCCAAGCUGCUGAGGAACAUCUUGUUUUCUCCUUGAGGCUCAUGAUGGAUGACUGGAUAUCUGAAAGACCGUCCAACUACGUCUUCCAGCUGGGCGAGCUUAUAAAUAUUGAGGCAUCUGUGGUGCAGUUCAACCAUGUGCCUCUGCGUGUCUUUGUAGACAGCUGUGUGGCUACUGCUGUCCCUGAUAUAAAUGCACUUCCCAGAUAUUCCUUCAUUGAGAACCAUGGGUGCUUGAUUGAUGCCAAGCUUACUCACUCCAGUUCCCGCUUCAUGCCCCAAACUCAAGCAGCUAAACUGGGGUUUCAGCUGGAGGCAUUCAAGUUUCAGCAAGUGAACAGUAGCUGGUUCUAUAUUACAUGCAUCUUGAAGGCAACAGCAGCAUCUGCCCCUGCUGAUGCUGAGCACAAGGCUUGUUCCUUCUCAGGCAACAGAUGGGCUGCUGCAUAUGGUGCUGACCAGGUAUGCAGUUGUUGCAGCAGCAGCUGUGGUUUGAGGAAGGGCCGUGAGCUGUCAUCAGAGCAAGGUAUUUACGUAAACCAUGUUGGUGUCUAUGUAACUUGUCUCUGCACUCUAUGAGCUGAAUUGCCAUUACACAACCUAUGACUGGAGUUGGGGCUGUGUAACCUGUUCAUGCAUUUGACCUUUAUUUGCAGGCUUGCAGUUGGAGAAAGAAGUGAGCCUUGGCCCAAUCAGGGUCCUGGAAAAUGUCUGGUAGUCUAAUGACUUUGUCUAAAUAAAAAAAAAAUUUAUAACUUGUAUUGCCUUGUUCCUGACACAAUUGGGUAUGCUCUU